UCGAGUUCGUUGAAACUCGAUAAAAAAAAUAUGAUUAUUUUCUUUUUUUAAUUUUUAUAAAUAUUUUCUUUUAUCUUUCUCAACUUCACUUCUCUCGAGGCAAGAAGCUAGAUUUAUCAAAAGGGUUUUCUUGAUUUCAUUUAUUAGCUUUUCCAAAAGCUUAGAACAGAAGAUCCCACUAAAAAAGUUUCAAACUUUUUUUGUUUCAUGGAACGUGUUAAAGUGUUUGUUUGGCUUGUUACCUUUUUUGUUCUGUUACAUUUGGUGUUAGUGGUUGUUGAGGGUAGUGAAAGUCUUCUCUCUCCAAAGGGUGUUAACUAUGAAGUGGCUGCUUUGAUGUCUAUGAAGAAUAAGAUGAAUGAUGGGUUGCAUGCUAUGAAUGGUUGGGAUAUUAAUUCGGUUGAUCCUUGUACUUGGAAUAUGGUUGGUUGUUCUUCUGAGGGUUAUGUCAUUUCCUUGGAAAUGGCCAGUGCAGGUUUAUCUGGAAUAAUUUCCUCCGGAAUUGGAAAUUUGAGUCACCUCCGAACAUUGCUAUUGCAGAACAAUCAGUUAUCUGGUCCUAUCCCGGCCGAGAUAGGAAACCUGUUAGAGCUUCAGACUCUUGAUCUUUCUGGUAACCAGCUUGUUGGGAACAUUCCUAGUUCUUUGGGCUCUUUGACUCAUCUUAGUUACUUGCGGCUCAGCAAAAAUAAACUAUCUGGACAGAUCCCUCAACUUGUUGCUAAUCUUACAGGACUUUCGUUCUUGGAUUUGUCAUUCAACAAUCUCAGUGGUCCUACUCCAAAAAUUUUAGCAAAAGGCUAUAGUAUUUUAGGAAACAACUUCCUCUGUACAUCACCCUCAGAAACUUGUAUGGGCGGUUCGAAGCCAGUAAAUGAUACAAGGUCAUCUCAGACGGUCAGCAGUCAUCACCACGUGGUGCUUUCUGCUGUUAUUGGCUUUAGUUGCGCAUUUGUAAUUUCUGUGAUGCUACUCGUCUAUUGGUUGCAUUGGUACAAAUCACGCAUCCUGUAUUCAUCUUAUGUGGAGCAAGAUUGUGAAUUUGGGAUUGGUCAUUUGAAGAGGUUCUCCUUCCGUGAAUUGCAAGUUGCUACUGGAAAUUUCACUUCAAAAAAUAUCGUAGGACAAGGUGGUUUUGGUGUUGUAUACAAAGGAUGCCUUGCAAACAAAAUGUUGGUGGCAGUAAAGAGGCUUAAAGAUCCUAAUUAUACUGGAGAAGUGCAGUUUCAAACCGAAGUUGAGAUGAUUGGCUUGGCUGUACAUCGUAACCUUUUGCGUCUUUAUGGAUUUUGUAUGACACCAGAUGAAAGGCUACUCGUUUAUCCGUUCAUGCCUAAUGGCAGUGUUGCUGAUCGCUUAAGAGAGAGUUUCCGUGGAAAGCCAUGUUUGGAUUGGGACAGACGAAUGCGCAUUGCUGUUGGGGCUGCACGUGGGCUUCUAUAUUUGCACGAACAGUGCAAUCCAAAAAUAAUCCACAGGGAUGUUAAGGCCGCAAACAUUUUGUUAGAUGAAAGUUUCGAAGCUGUGGUGGGAGAUUUCGGUCUUGCUAAGCUCUUAGAUCAAAGGGAUUCACAUGUAACUACUGCAGUACGUGGCACUGUAGGACACAUUGCCCCCGAGUAUCUCUCAACUGGACAGUCUUCUGAAAAAACAGAUGUUUUUGGAUUUGGUAUAUUACUUUUGGAGCUCAUAACAGGACAAAAGGCAUUGGAUGCCGGAAAUGUUCAGGUCCAAAAGGGAAUGAUUCUUGAUUGGGCUAGAACUUUAUUUGAAGAGAAGCGGCUGGAAGUGUUAGUUGACAGGGAUCUAAAGGGAUGUUAUGAUCCGGUAGAGUUAGAGAAAGCGGUCGAGUUAUCUUUGCAGUGUACUCAAUCUCUUCCUAGUUUGAGGCCAAAGAUGUCAGAAGUUUUGAAGAUUCUUGAAGGUCUUAUUGGAUUGUCAGUGAGGCCAGAGGAAUCACAAGGAGGGGGUAACCUAUAUGAUGAAAGGACUUGCAGUUUCUCUCAGAAUUACAGCGAUGUUCAUGAAGAACCUUCCUUUAUUAUUGAAGCCAUUGAACUUUCUGGACCUAGGUGACAAUGGUUGUAGUCUUUUCCAUUUUGUCAAGUCUACAUGUACAUGAAUUUUGCAUUUUUUAUCAAUAUUAUAUAGAUAACAUAUAGUAAUACGUUUA